GGACCAAAUCACACAGGGCCUUUUAGCGGGUACCUUUUUUUACUAGCUUGAUAUUGUUGCAAUGGAUUGCAUUGCAAAAUUGGCAUCACAGAAGGCAGUGGUGAUAUUCAGCAAGAGCUCUUGCUGCAUGUGCCAUGCAAUCAAGAGACUGUUUUACGAUCAAGGGGUAAGCCCUGCGAUUUAUGAACUUGAUGAGGACAGUCGAGGGAAGGAAAUGGAGUGGGCUCUCAUGAGGUUAGGGUGCAACCCUUCAGUCCCAGCUGUGUUCAUUGGGGGAAAAUUUGUAGGCUCCGCUAACACAGUCAUGACCCUUCAGCUUAAUGGCUCCUUGAAGAAACAGCUCAAAGAUGCCGGUGCUUUGUGGCUUUAGUGACAAUAUUAAUUAACUCAGCUACAGCCAUAAAAUACAGUUAGGUUUUGAAUAAGGUUAACCUAUUUAGUUGUAUUAAAUUUCCCAUUUGCUCUUUUCUUUUUCCUCUCCCUCUCUUCUUUAAAUUUUGUCUCAAUGACACCCGGCUGCUUCUAGGUUACAAUUGAUGUAAACCUUCCUGAAGUGUAUCUGUAUUAAACUUUUGUAUAAUAAUAUUGAUGAGGACUA